AACAGUUUUUUAACAAGCUACUAAAAAAUGGCUAAAAUCAUCAACUCUUACUCUGCUUUCGGGUUCAUCACUUUUCUUCAUUUUCUAACCGUGUUCACUCCUUUUGGAGUUGUUCAUGGUGUUACUCCUUCCGCCACCUUUUCAGUGUGCAGUCAAACCCCUCAUCCCGAAAUUUGCACUUCCUUGAUUGGAACUAGUAAAGAAACCCCAUUAGUGGUUCGUGAAGCGACCCUUGUGUCUACUUUGGCUCAAGCCGAGCAUGCACAUAAGCUUGUUUUGGCUAUGGACUUGAGUUCCUUUGAACCAAGGGCUAAGUCGGCUUGGGCUGACUGUUUGGAGUUAUAUGAAGACUCUGUUUAUCAACUAAACCGUUCUCUUGGUUCUACCAAUAGUCACGAUAUCCUAACGUGGCUUAGUUCUGUGUCCACCAAUCAUGAAACAUGUCAAAAUGGUUUUCUUGACUUCAACUUGUCUUCGCAUCUACAAACAUUUCAAUCUUCUUUAAGUGGCUUCUCAAAAUACCUUAGCAACUCUCUUGCAAUAAACAAAGCCAUAACUCUAUCACAUGUAAGUUUUUCUAAACAACUAAAAGGGAGAAGACUCAUGACAACAAAUGAUUUCCCAAAAUGGUUGUCAAAAAGAGAUAGAAAGCUUCUUGCAACACCAUCGGGUGGCACCUCAGCCGAUAUUGUGGUUGCCCAAGAUGGCUCUGGUAACUACAAGACCAUAUCCGAGGCCAUUUCUGCUGUGCCUAAACUUAGGAGUGGAAACUCAAGGUUUGUAAUACACGUGAAAGCUGGUGUGUACAAGGAGAAUGUAGAGAUAAAGAAGACAAUGCACAAUUUGAUGUUCAUUGGAGAUGGUAUGGGUUCUACGGUCGUUACAGGCAACAAAAAUGCGCAAGAUGGUUCCACAACUUUCCGGUCAGCAAGCUUUGCGGUUUCUGGAAGUGGGUUCAUUGCUAGAGACAUGACGUUUGAGAACACCGCCGGACCCGCAAAACACCAAGCUGUUGCUUUUCGCUCUGGGUCAGACCUAUCAGUCCUAUACGGAUGUGCUUUCAAAGGCUACCAAGACACUCUAUACGUAUACUCCGGACGACAGUUCUUCCGCAACUGCGAUGUAUACGGGACACAAGAUUUCAUAUUCGGGAACGCAGCUGCGGUUCUCCAAAGCUGCAAUAUAUACGUACGAAAGCCGAUGGGUGGUCAAACGAAUACAAUCACAGCUCAAGCUCGAACUGAUCGAAAUGAAAAUACUGGGAUCAUAAUACACAACUCGGUUGUCACAGCUGCUUCGGAUUUAAAGGGCUCAGGGGGUUCGGUCAAAACGUUUCUUGGUCGACCAUGGAAGCAGUACUCAAGAACAGUGUUCAUGAAGUGUUCUCUUGAUAGUAUAAUAAACUCCGCCGGUUGGCUGCCGUGGAGCGGUAGUUUUGCUUUGAGUACACUGUACUACGGUGAAUAUAUGAACACUGGGGGUGGUGCCGGAACUGGUGGUAGAGUAAAGUGGCCGGGAUAUCAUGUUAUCACGAGCGCAAGUGAGGCAACGCAGUUUACAGUUGGGGAUUUCUUGGAUGGUGGUUCAUGGAUUCCGGGGACUGGAAUGCCGUAUACAGCAGGGUUAUGAAGGUGUAAAAAACUACAAAUGUUUGAUAGGUUAAAGUUAAAAACUGGUUGUGUCAUUUUCAAGUUAUAGGAAAGUAGGGGAGAUAAUUGGUGCUUGAUGUUUAAGAUAAGGACUUGUAAUAAAUGCCUAAAUGGAGGGUGGAAAGUCAAUUACUUGUAGUUUGUUUGGUACUAGUUUGUAUAUUUUGAAAAUGG